UGACGGAUACAUACUUCGCAUCGACGCGGUACCAUGAUCCGGGGAUACUAAUGCACGGUCAAGCAUUCGGACUGAUGCUGGCGCAGGUCGAGAAGCAGAGCGUCACCAUCAUCAAAUUUCACUGAUAUCCUCCUGCGCAAGUCGCCCUCAAUUUUGAUCACGAAAUCUUGUUUGUCGACCAAAAGCAGCUCUUUGACGAAAGAUGGAGCUUGACUUCAAACCGAUUCCGGCUCACCAGUCACCCAGUUACAAGCGAUGGAAGUACCAGUCCCGUGGGGUGACGAGCAAGACAUGCUCCGAGUCAUCUAUGCCGAGACUCCACACGAAGCCUUCUUUCACUCGCUGGAAGACAAGUUCUUCAAGUGGUCACUGGACUCGCGAAUCUUGUCGGCGACGGACAAAUCGACGGCUGAGAGGGCAUGCGAGAUCUUCGAAGUAUAUCCUCGACAGCCAUGUGCCCAAUUUGACGGGCUACCAGCUCUAUGGCGGUUCGCAACCGCCCACGGCCCGCUCCAAGGACGACUGGGUUGCAAGUCUGCCUGCUCCCAGACGCCGACUUCCGCAUCAGAGAGGAUGUUGCCAAGACAUUCGCCCCCAAGGCGCCGGCAAACAGCGACACCUACAUGCCCCGCACGUACUUCAGCAUCUCGCUAGGAUAUCUACAUGUUGACUGGCAAUGCAAGAAACGUGGCUUCGCCCGUUGCAAUGUCUUUCGCGGAUCCUUCGAAGCAGAGCUGCUGCUGUUGGACCUUGUGGCUCAUC